GCACAGUUAUAUAAAUCUUGGAAAAUCAUGUGCAGCAGACUUCACAAAGGACAGCAGAAGAGAUCAGAAGUUCUUGUCUAAUGCACAGAAGCUUUAUCCUCAGAAUGGCUGCAAAAAUCUUGGCACUGUGGCUGCUGCUCGCAGGGACGGUGUUUCCACAGGGCUGCUGUCAGCACUGGUCAUACGGACUGAGCCCAGGAGGGAAGAGGGAUCUGGACAACUUCUCAGACACACUGGGCAAUAUGGUUGAAGAGUUCCCACGCGUCGAAGCACCUUGCAGUGUUUUCGGUUGUGCAGAGGAAUCACCUUUUGCCAAAAUGUACAGAGUGAAAGGACUUCUUGCGAGUGUGGCCGAAAGGGAAAAUGGACACCGGACAUUCAAGAAAUGAAAGAUUUCUUUGAUUCUACAUUUCAUUUUUUAUAUGAGCAUAAAACAUUUUUUUGUGAAUGUUGCUCUUGUCUUAUUAUCUAAAAUAUAAAUAAAAGCUUUCAACUCACUGAAUUUGUUUUCUGCUAAGUUUGCUUGUAAUGUUUGAUGCAACAGCACCUCGAUUUAUUAAUUUAUUUUCAUCUUAUGACCCAAAUCCAAGCAAACAGUACCAGGAAAAAAAGCCCUUUGUAUUUGAUGUCAAAUGGACAAUUUCUCUUUUAGUCAAGUUUGGCUAAGGAGAAAAU